AAACCUUCCCGCUGUUUCACCAACACAUCACCACCACGUCCACCCUAUUUGUUUCUACUCCUGUCCUUUUUCUAUAUUAUAUUUCAACGCCAACAGACAACAAGAAUCAAACACCAGUCAGCUCCGGCGGUGGUGGUGGUGGUGGUGGCGAUGUCAAUGUCGGUUGCUGCCGGUGCUGAUGACGUCAACUUGUCAGUUCAAAACCCUCUAUCCAGAAUACAACACACGCACCAACAAAUUUCUUUUUGCAAUCCUCCUAUUGCUACUCAAAAUUUGCCCAUGUUCUUGAUUUCACCAAAACAAACCAUCAAAAGUGAAGCAAUUAAUACAAAUACAAUUCCUGAAGAAGUAGAUUGUCCUUCAUUUGGAUCAUUGCCUUGUGGUGUUGUCAAGAGAAACAAGAAAUUAAAGGCUUUUAAGCCUGGAAAUCAAGAACCAAAUGCUGAUUCUGGAGAAAAUCUAGUUGCUGCUUGUCGUUAUGAUAGUUCUCUUGGACUCCUCACAAAGAAGUUUGUUAAUUUGAUACAUGCUGACAAGGAUGGAAUUCUUGAUCUAAACAAAGCUGCAGUUAUAUUGGAAGUCCAAAAGAGGAGAAUUUAUGAUAUUACAAAUGUUCUUGAAGGGAUAGGAUUAGUAGAAAAGGCUUCAAAGAAUCACAUACGUUGGAAGAAAAGUAAGACUUUAUCACCACAAAAUUUGGAUAAACAUGUUAAAAGAUUAAAGGCUGAGCUUCAACAUCUAAAUGCUGAAGAAUCAAGACUUGAUGAGUGUAUAAGGGAAACACAACAACGCCUCAACUCUAUGGAAUUUGAUCAUAAUACUCGAAAACAUCUUUACUUAAGAGGAGAAGAUUUUAGGAAUCUUCCAUGUUUUGAGAAUGAGACUUUAAUAGCAGUAAGAGCACCACAUGGUAGUUCUAUUGAAGUUCCUGAUCCUGAUCAGGAUUAUGGUUUCUCUCAAAAGCAAUUUAAACUUAUUAUCAGAAGUCAUACAGCUCCCAUUGAUCUGUAUCUCAUAAGUGAAUCAUUUAAAGAAUCUACUCAAGAAGGUGGGAGCCACAUCAGCAAAAAUAGUAGAGAUUUACAAACACAUUUAGAUUCAGUCAAAGUCAACUCGGUUGACUCCCCUUCAUAUGGAAUUCAAAAGAUAAUCCCACCACAAAAUGAUAUUGAGGAUGAUUAUUGGUUUGGGCCAAACCCAGAGGUUGGUAGUGAGGUGGCAUUGCAAUAUUCAGUUACAAGGGAAUUGAGAUACGAUGGAGAAGCUUUAAUACUAAACUUUGUUUUAUAA